UCAGAGAGCUUACCUGUUUCCCUGUCAGCCAGCCAGAGCUGGCACACAGAAAGCCUACCGGUGUCUCUCGGUCCUGAGUCCUGGCAGCAGAUCACAAUGGAUCCUGAAGUCAAAAGCUUAGAUAGCAAUGGGGCUGGAGAGAAGAGCAAGAACAACUCUUCUAAUUCUGACAUUGUGCAUGUGGAGAGAGAAGAGAUACCUGAGGGUAUGGAGGAGGCUGCUGUGGUGUCUGCAGCCUUGCCCACCAGGGAGCUGCAAGAGGCGUUCCCUGAAGCCUCAGCUCCCUUGCUUCCACACACCACUGCCACGUUCUUGCUGGAGAUGAGGGAACCUGGCACAGAAAUAAUUGCAGUUGAGAAAGUCAGCCCGGCUACAUCUUUGUUUGUAGAACUGGGUGAAGAAGAGGUGAAAGCAGCAACAAUCGAACCUAUUGACUUAGAGGAGGAGGUGACCCGUGUGCUGGAACCCACAAAAACACUGCUGAGUGAAGAGGAGCUUAGCAUAAAGAAAGAGAGCCUUACAGAAGGGGUCUCCCCUGCUGGAGAAGCAACGGCUACCCCACUGUCGGGGGGCAAGUCUAUACUGUUGUUUGGAGGGGCUGCCGCUGUCGCCAUUCUGGCAGUGGCAGUUGGGGUGACGUUGGCUCUGAGAAAGAAAUAGAUUUUUCAGAAGAGAGAGGAGGACACAGGAUACAAGGCGACUUACAAGUUCUCUACUGCUGGGCCGGCCAAGUGGCACACUGGUUAAGAGUUGACUUGGGACACCAACUCUGAGCAGCAGGGCCCCAUUU